UGUUGGAGUAAGGAUAUACUCUGCUUCGAAAAACACUAUUUGAAACAGAGAAGCCCUUGUUCUGGAGGAUGAGGCUUUAUAAGUGACGUACAGUUGUCCUUUGAAUGUCGGAAGUUCGUUGAUUCGCUCUAUACCAAAAACAUCAAGGCAAAAGGCUCACGAGGCAGUUAGUUUAUUAUUACAGUGUCCUUAAACCAUGGACAGCAACACGCCGGUGUUCAAACCAGUCAGGGCUGAUGACAUUUCGUAACUGAAUGGAGCGAAAGAUAGCCAAGUAAGCAAAAAUGUUGAGAAAUUCGUGUGGCUAUCCAAAAUUGUGUCGUGCCUAAGCGCGCAGGGCAGUGCAUUUUAUUUCAAGAGUAGCCACAUCUUGCGGUUUGCCCACCUUUCGUCUUAUUUCGUAGGCGUGUGAUUAUGGUGCGAUACUGGAGAGAUGUCCCUAUACUUUGGGGCCAAAUAUUCAGCAUUACAUUCAAAAUGACAGUUCGGCGGUAAGAAUAGAAACGGACAGUGGAGAACAGAAAGUGGAGUCCAUUUGUACUCGUGUUGUGGUGCAGAACACCGUUGCGAUGUUGAACAUUGUGCAAUAGUCAGAGAAUAGUGUAGCAUAUAAAGGAAAAGUGUCGGUCUGAUGAAAAGGGCGGGCAAUUUUUUAGGCUCGCGCGUAAGUGAUAUGGAUCUAAUGGAAUCAGGAGGUUCACGAUUCUAGGUGGUUACACUAUAAUUUACACUGAUAUCUAACGAGAUGGUGAGGUUUUCUGGAAUGCGAAGUCCAGCGCUCGGUGUUUGCCUGCGGUGACUGCUCAGUCAUUCACUCGUAAAAAGAGGACAGAACAAUGCGAGGGUUAUACAGUCAGUUCUUGAGCGAGGCAGGAUAUUUCUAAAGAAGAAACAAUGCGUUGCUUCGCGGUUGCACAGUGAAUAUUGCGGGGUUUGAUCAUCACUUUCAGGGGAAUUUUGCACGGACACAUCACUAUUCAGGAAUGGGCAAUGGAAUACGUUGCAGCUCCAAAAUGAGAAGUCUAUGGAUCGGUGUCGUGCUUGGGUGUCUCCUAUGCCGUUUGAGUUUUUCUCAGACAGCAACAACAGCAACACCCAAGGAAGCAGAGCUGAAUGAUAACAUUACUAUAUUCACCCGAAUAUUAGAUGGGUUACUGGAUGGCUACGACAACAGACUCCGUCCUGGGCUGGGAGAGAUGGUGACCGAGAUCAAGACAAAUAUUUUUGUCACAAGCUUUGGUCCAGUGUCGGACACAGAGAUGGAGUACACUAUUGAUGUGUUUUUCCGCCAAAGCUGGAAGGAUGAGCGUUUGCGUUUCAAAGGACCAAUGGACAUUCUGCCUCUCAACAACCUGCUGGCUAGCAACAUCUGGACACCCGACACUUUCUUCCUGAAUGGCAAGAAGUCUGUUGCCCACAACAUGACCACCCCCAACAAGCUGCUACGCUUAAAAGAGGAUGGCACCUUGCUCUACACCAUGAGGUUGACCAUAGCAGCUGAGUGCCCCAUGCAGCUGGAGGAUUUUCCUAUGGAUGCCCAUGCCUGUCCACUCAAGUUUGGAAGCUAUGCCUACCCGGUGUCAGAAGUUGUUUACCAGUGGACAGAAGACGCAGCCAAGUCUGUGGUCGUUGCGGAGGACGGCUCGCGGCUCAACCAGUACCACCUGAUCGGACAGACGGCUGGCUCAGAGGAGAUCUCCACCAGCCGAGGUCAAUACACAGUAAUGAUGGCUCAUUUCUACCUGAAACGGAAGAUCGGCUACUUUGUGAUUCAGACCUACAUGCCUUGCUUCAUGACCGUCAUCCUGUCCCAGGUGUCUUUUUGGCUGAACCGGGAGUCUGUGCCUGCCAGAACCGUCUUUGGUGUGACAACGGUGCUGACGAUGACCACACUUAGCAUCAGUGCCCGCAACUCGCUGCCCAAAGUGGCCUACGCCACUGCCAUGGACUGGUUCAUCGCCGUGUGCUACGCCUUUGUCUUCUCCGCGCUCAUCGAGUUCGCCACCGUCAACUACUUCACCAAGCGGAGCUGGGCGUGGGAUGGCAAGAAGGCUAUGGAGGCACAACAGCCUAAGAGAAAGGAUCCCUUGGCACUCUCCAAGAAGCCCAACAAUGCGUGCGCAGCCGGUGUGAACUACACGCCCAACAUCACCAAGGAUACGGCCAUCUCGACUAUCUCCAACAGCACGGCCGUGCAGCUGAAAAGCGGCGAGGCCAAGGCGCCGGCCAUUGAUCCGAAAAAGACUUACAAUAGCGUCAGCAAGAUCGACAAGAUGUCCAGGAUAGUGUUUCCGGUCCUUUUUGGAACGUUCAACCUGGUCUACUGGGCCACUUACCUGAACAGGGAGCCGGUUAUCAAAGGGGCAGAGUCCCCUACAUAAGGAACCCUCUGGAACGGUCACUAUCUUUCUUCUGUAUUUUCCUCACAGCCUUAUUGUCCACUGACUGGACCUCUGUUUGAUAUGACGGCUGGCACCUAUUUGCUGUUUACUGUACUCUUUUUUCACCAGUCACAUGGAGAGAUAUCCUGUUACUUUUUUUCUGCCUUUCAUACGUUGCAUGAUCAGAGCUCUAUGGGAAUACUGUUCUCAUACUUGCCUUGACUUUCUUCUAUAUAUUGCUGUUAUACUAGGAUUCCUUAGAGGAUUGUCAACAAGUGUACUCAACAAUCAGUUUGCAAAUGGAAAAAAUCCAUCCACUUUCAAGACAACAAAACUUAACUAAACUACAGUCACUGCAUAGCGUUUGGCAUCCACAUUUUUGCCCAUUUUACUUUUGAAACAAAGGUUAGUGUUUAAAAGUCCAGCACGGCCAAAUGCUAUGCAAAACCUCUCUUUUCUACUAUACUGUCUCUGCUAACUGCUUGUUAUUGUAUGUAAUUCUUUGCUUUGUAUGAAUGGGCAUUAGGCCUCCUAUUGUCAGAAUUUAACCCUUAAAGGAGUACCGUCACACCGGUGUGACGGGAAUGUUGGGAAAUGAACGUUCUAAAGAAUAUCUGGGUUGAUUGAAUUCAACAUAGAAUUUUAGAACCUUCAAUUGUUGCGGAACUUAGAAUGUUCAAAAACCUACACCUUUAAGGGUUAAUACUGAUACACCAUGUGCCAGGCUCAGCGGCAACUGGCUCUGUCCCCUGGAAACGGGUCACAUGUGGCCAAGAUCCGGCUCAGAGACAGCAGCUAACGUUACUGCAGCUGCACAGUCCUGGGGGUACUGCAGGUUUUUCUUUUGUUCCAAGCAGAUAAAAAGCCAUGCUAAUUGCGUUGCCUUCAGAGAAUGAGAGAGAGAGAGAGAACUCCGCACAUAUGCACUAAAAACUGCAGAGAGCGGUGUCCUUUUAUGAAGCCAGUGUGACUGCUUCCACCCCAUUUCCCCUUAAAUAUGUACAGUAAACUUAGCCAUUUUGAGAUACUGAUGAGGCUGACUUGGCUGCAUCUUUAUUAUUUACACCACAGCAGCAACCUCUGAGAUUUCACUUUUUUGUAAAAAAAAUAAAACAUUGUGUAAUAAUAAUAUUAAUGAUAAUAAUACUAUUAAUAAGCCCCCUAUACUGUACUUUGAGAUCAGGGUGGUCACAGGUCUGAUCGCAGAUUUGAAAUCAUUUGUACUAUAUAUAUAGCCUAAUCAUGGUGUGGGUGUGUUUGUGUGUGUGUGUGUGCUUUGCUUGUACUGUAAGGUUGUAAGGUCAAUUGGCCAGAUAAUUGGUAAACUGUACUGAGGAAGAAUCGAGUGGAUCAGUGAGGCUGUAUUGAAUAGCCGAGUCCGAGCAACGCAAAGGAGUAGGUCAGACUUUGGCAGCUUUAAUGAUUUUCUACAAUCUCUCUUUUCUUAUAUCAUUAUUACUAUUGCUGCUUUCACUCAUGUUACGAUAGGCGUGAUAACGUACACUGUAGGAACGCUAGCUACUGUGUUUUCGUUUGUAACGGCAUUACUCGCUUUCUUGCUUAUUUAUGACAGUUUUAGUGUU